AUGGGCUGGCCACGGCCCCCUCCCUCCUCCGCCGCCUUCCCCGCUGCCGCCGCCGCCUCCUCCUCCUACUCCGGACACUUGCCGACCCGAAAGAGACCCGCGCCACAACGCAGGAAGCGCCCCAUCGAUUCAGCCAAUCGGAAAGCCCAGACCGUACGCGCCUUUGCAUUCUGGGAAGAGUAGUUUUCGCGCCUCACAGAACCCGACUCGGCGGCGCUCUUUCCGACGGGAAACGACUCUUGCGAGAGAAAAUUGUGGCCACGGCCAUAGGGCGCGGGGCAUUUCGGGAGUUGUAGUUUUGCACCCGGAGGCGGCGGAACUUGGGCACUUUCUGUUGAAUUCGAUUGGCGUUGCUUCCAGAUGGCCGUGCGCGGGAGUGGGUUGUAAGGCAUGGAUCCUUCGUUGGGACGAGGCCCUGCCGACGCGGUUCACAGUGGGGCGUCUUUCUAAGCUCCCUGAAAUGAUGCAGGGAUUAGACAUGAUGAUUCUUGGAGACGAAGCUUGUCAUCCUCGAGAAUUCAGCUAUUAAACCUAAACUCAGCUGAAUAAAAAAAACCUGCGUGCUCAGACAAACCUGAAAGCUAACGCACAAUUUUAUUUAUUUAUUUAUUUUGAGCAGACACAAUACAUAUUUAUUUUCUAAAUUUAUAUCCCAUUCACCGCAAAACAGCACGCAGGAAGGAGCACAUGAAUUGCAUAAAAAAACUACAUAUAAAAUACUUAAAACUAAAACAUGUUCUUCCACCUGUCCUAAAUGUCUUCAGUCAACGCACAAAUCUUUAUUAAUUACACUUUAGUGGGAGAAAGUUGUAAUGAUUUGCUAUUGCCCUUCCAGCCAGUACAUGGGACUUUAAGGAGAUUUCUUUAUUCCUUGCUUAAGUCUGCUUAUUAUCAUAUUUUUAUAUUCAGAGAAGAAUCUGGAAAAUUCAGCUAUGUCGAUCGUAGAGGUAGACACACGUCUCAAAAACCUAAACGUAGAUUAGCCUAUAUAUCGAAAAGCAAGGACGUCUCCACCGCAGGUGUCAGACCUGAUGCAACGAUUGCCACCGACUUUGGCACUUUGAAUCCAUAACCAACUAACGGAGUGGAAAGGAGAGCGCCAGCGGAAACAACAACUCUCUAGAUGAGCAGCCGUCUUAGUGUUUGGCAGCAAAAUAGAGAGUCUUGUGGCACCUGAGAGAUCAACAAAGUUGUUAUAGCACAAGUGUUUGCGGACUACUGUGCAUUGCGUUAGAUGCAAGAAGCGUUACCCAGAGUUAUAGGUAUGUGUGCACAAGUUUGGGAGGGGAGGUUAUAGAAAGCGAGGCCAGAUGGAAACCGAAUGCAGAAAACCAAACAGUGAUUACUGGAUUGGUGUUCUGGAAAGCGAAAGGAGGACGCGGAGUUUGACAGUCACUCGCUUUCGCCAAUAACUCGAAGCGGAAGCGACUAAUGCAAUCCUGAGUGGGGGUUGCGGAGGAGGCGGGUGUUGUUGUCAAGGAGCGAGGAGGAGACACCUCGUCGGUCAAGAAGGAACUGGAGGGCGGAGGCUGUGAGGAAGUAGCCCGGGUGGGGCUUGGCGGAGCGAAGGGGCCCCCGCAGACUCGAGGCAGAGCGGAAGGCCCGAGCUCCCGGGUGCGGGGCUGGAGAGGAGGGCGAGGGCUGCUCGACUCCGAAGCCGUGUGAGUGAGCCUCGAAAGGGAAAGCAAGGAGCGGGCAGCCUGGGGCGGCGGGGGCGAAUCCGGGGAUGGGGAGAAGCGGGCUCGCGGAGUACGUGUGAAUGAGCGCAGCGGCGUGCAAGGGAAGCUGCGAGUGCGGGAUCUGCUCGGAGGGGAGGUCGGGCGAGGUGCCGGAGGGAGGUGGGGCGCUCGAGGUGCCCGGGAAAGGAAGGGGCCGGCUGGGCGUCUCUCGGCUUCAUACACACAUAUAUACAGGGUAUAUCUAUCUGUAUAUAAUGGUCGGCUGGGCUGGAGCUGAACCUGGGCGAGGAUCUGCGGCGAGUGGCCCAGGAAUGCGGGCGGAUGAGGAGCCCUGCGGAAGGGAGGAAGGAAGGAGGAGAGAGGGAGAGGCGGAUAGUGCAGGAAGCGGCGAGGAGGGAGGGAGAGGCAGAAGCGCCGCUCUCGCAUCCCCGGCAGCGGAGGGAACUCGGCGGGCGAAGCUGCCCGGCCGCCCCUUCCCGGCUUCCGGGGUGCUGCCUGCUUGCCUGGGACUGGCCCCGCUUGGUCUGGCGAGUUAGGGAUUCGUGAAGGAAAUGUGGCCAACUGGCUUCCUCUCCCCAGAGCUGCCCUAUAUUUCAUGCUAUAUCAUUACUACAUAAGGUGUGAAUCCUUUUUCUGAGCCCUUAAUUCCUGAUGGUGCUUUAGAAUGGAAAGGCACUUAAGGGAGAAGGUACGGUAACUUCAGUUUUGGGGCGUUCCCAGCAGAGGGUACAUAAAACAAGUGAGUAGGCAUUUCAGAGUAAUAGCAGUAGCUGGUUUAUGGAAAACAAGAGUUUAAGGCAUACUUUUAUCCUUCACAGUAUGCUCCACAAUUGAAAGUUCACUCAGGAGUCAGUGCUGUAGGGCACCUGCAAAGGCCCACACCAAAGCAGGGUCUGCUGGUCUUUUUCCUCCUUGCUGUUACUGCAUUUUUAUGUGCCCUCUCCAAGAAACGCCAUUCGUUUAAAACACAUGACUUCUCCCAAAGAAUCCUGGGAACUGUGGUACGUACACAGUCCAGGAGUAUGGUCAAGGGCAAGGAGAGCAGCUUCCACUCAUUCUCUACUUCAGGGCAGUGGUACACAUUAGCCCAAGAAGCAGAAGGCAAAUGACUGGGCAGUGUCAGAGUGGCUGGAAGAAAAGGAUAUAGUAUUGCCCAAAUCUGGACCCAACACUAGGUUGAAAGCCUUUACAUCUUCAUAAUCUUGAGAACAUGAUAUAACUUGAAUCUUUGGUAAGGUACAUGAAGUAGAUUGUGCGAUAUGGAGCUGUUCAUCUUAUUUCCAAUUAUUCAUUUUUGUCUAUGCUUUCUACUCUUUUGCUAUUUCCUGUUCUUCUAUUCUCCCAUAUGGUUCCCCAUUUCCCCUUCUACUUGAUCUUUUCUAACUCCUCCCACUUCUUUUUUUCUACUCUUCACCCCAUGUCUUUUGUACAUAGAGAUAACUAUUAACUAUUAUAUGUAAACAUGCUCCUUCCUCCCUUGAAUGCACAUUCCUAUGCAGCAGCGUCUGAUCAAAGAGCAGUCUCCCCUCAUCCUCUACCCAAUAACUACAUUAUAAACUAUUCCAGGCUGUGUUGGCUAUUCUCCAUCUGGUUCAUAGUCCUUCUGAGGACUAUAUUUGCCAUCAGCUUUGGUAUCUCAUGCAGCAGCAUUAGUGAAAUAUAGAGCACAGCUUUUUCAGAACCCUACAAAAGUUGCCUGCAGGAAUCCCUGGUAAUCACAGUUUCCAGGGAUGAGCAGGAAAUUACAAGGCUUAUGCUUGCCUUUUUGUAUGACUUGAGGUCUUGUUCACACAUAGUACUGGCCUCUCUUGCUACCAUACACAUUUAUCUCCUUAAGAGUUAUGGUAGUCUGCAGGCCUACGCAUCCAGCACUAUCAGCUUAUUUCAUAUGUUAGCACCCCCACAACAUUUGCCAUUCCUGAGUUUUAUUCCCUUGUUUCUUAAAGUAGUCAUACUCUUAAGAAUACUACAAAUAGUACUCUAUACAUUUUUAACUUAGAUGCAUACAUACUCAGUUCUGUUUCAUUUUGACGAUUAGCACUGGGAUCCAAAGAGCCCCUUGUGAAUGUUGAAGGCAACUUUAUACAUGCAAAGAGGAUGCAGCAAUUUUCCUUUCUAGCCACAACCCUUUCAUUGGCACUGAGUGCCAAGCUGGAGAGUCUCCAGAUUUACAGGCUAAGUGUUUUGAGGGAGGGUAAUGGGCUGAGGGGAAAAGGGGAACUGAAUAGCCUCAGUGCAUUCAGCCUUUAAGACCCAGUUUAGAGAGGGAAAAUGAACAUCAGGAAUAACUUGAUGUUCCAUGGCGCUGAUUGUCAUAUCCUACUUACAGUUUUAAUAUAUAUAAAAUACUUGAGCCGUGAGGUCUGCCAUGAGAAUUGCAUCAGUGUUCCAACUAACCUAAAUAACCUUUCUAAUAACUUUCUUUAUAUCUCAAAAUUGCUUCUAUCAUACACUUCAGAGUAAGUCUCAAAGCCAUAAAAGAUAUUUACUCAGGAAGUGUUGUGUUUGUGACUUCUUCAGAGUAAGUCACAAAGCAAUAAAAGAUAUUUACUCAGGAAGUGUUCUAUUUAAAGAUAUAGGCUGUGAUGCAAAUCACUAUGUUCACCUGUUUCCAAUCCCCCUUUGCACAGUGCAUGCUACCAAAGUUGGUGUUCUUUUUCUUUCUGCACAGCAGUCGCUUGUGACUACUGAGUAACGUCUUAACAAAAUUUGGGGAACUCAGGAGGGGAUUAAAAGUGAUGUGAAAGGGUGCAUUUAUAAAUUAAAAUUGGCAGUUAUUCCCCUGCAAGUGGAAGUACUUAUACUCUGGUGAGGAGCUGUUUCACUUCUGGCACCAUGAAUAUCAAUACAAAAGAUAGCUCUUUAGCAACAGAAUGCUUGCUAAUAUCACAAGGGGAAUUCAUUGCUGGGGAUUUUAGUAAUUCCAGCAUUGGCUGUCUUCUAGCACUAUUCCGCUGUUUCAUUUUUGUUGACCAAGAAGUUGAGAGAGAGCACCUUACAUCAACAUGAAAGUAUGCAGUCACUUGAGACAGCUUUAUAAAAGAAAUUUCCUCCCUAAGAAGAAGCUGAUUUGUGGGGAAUUAGUUGUUCCACUACUAAUUGUAUUUUGGAUUGUAUUUUGGGUUAUGGAGACCUGUUUGCUCAUGGAAGUUUCUCUUACAUUCAAUGAUCAAAUCAAGUAACAUACUUGCCUUUGUAUAAAUGCAGUCUCCAGAACUGCUUCUGUAACUUGGGUCUUUGGGUCUUUUCUAAGGUAGGUGCAGGUAUUUGGAGUUCCUUUGCUGUAGAAUGCAUGAAAACUACCUCCAAGACAAUGUUCAUACCCACACAUUCUUCUUUUCAAAUUAUCUUUGAACGUGACAACUACUAAAGUUUUGAACAACAAAGCAGAAGCAAACUACAAAAUGAAGUCAAAAUUAAGUCGAAUUUAUACUGGUUUACCUAUUGUAGCUUUUCAAAAAAAAUAUUCUGGGGAGGGUAGUUUGACAGCUGUGGAGGUUUUGAUUUGUAGUGUAGAUAGUAGAUACUGCUGUUACUUAACUCUAGAAGGCCUUCCUAUGUAGUAUUUAGGCUGUUUCAAGUGUUAAACAAGCAAAGCAAUCAACAUUCUGUCCCUGUGCUAUCUGAAAGAGCAGCAAUAACACUAUUGUCCUUGUAGCAUAUUUAGGAAGCUGAUAAAAAAGACAGGAAGAGAUGUUGAGUGGUGUCUUUGUUUUCACAUUUAUUUACUUUUUAGUCAGUGUAAAGUAAUAGGGAAAUAACUUUUCUGCUGCAAAAUAGUACUAGUACGAAUGUUGUUGGUAGCUAAUGUGUUGCAAAAUUCUUGGAUCCUUCAGGCUUCUGAUGAGAUUUAAGUGUACAACUUCAAAAAAUCUCUGCUUGUGAAAUUCUGCUAAAUAUUCCUGAUGCUCCUCUUAGUUAAAUUCGUAUUGUUCAAGUCCCAGGCCAUGUCAAAUACAUGCGGCAAGAGGUAGGGAACCUCCUCCAACCAUUGUGAGCCAUUUUGACAGAUUGGUGGGUCUGCCCACCUGUCAAAUCACUUGAUGUCACCCUUUUAAAAGAAUCUGAGUCAUGAGAGCAUAAUGGAACAAAAAGUUUAUUUUAAAAAAUUUGACAUUCAAUAGUCAACAUGCAUGUCUGGGGGAAGGUUUUAAAUAUGCCCAGACAACAUAUCAGGAGAGCUAAGACAAGCUAGGAAGAAAUGAUAGAUUGUGAGGAGGAAUGUAAAGGUAAAGGUGGAGAAUGGAAUCUUUUGUGUCAGGUUCAGGGGAUGGGAGUGGAAUGGUUUAAACUUUAAAGGAAAGAGCUGUGACAAAAUGCUGUGGGCUGUGCACUACAUGGAAAUUAGCCAAAUUUUAACUGAUGUUAUUUACUCAUUAAAAUUGCCUGCCACCCUGGAAGUAAUACGCUAGGUAUGGGUGGACAUUUUCAGAGGAACCUAUUGCUUCUGAGGAAAAUAUGACAUUGUUUCUGAAUUAUUAUUAUUAUUACUGUGGUCAUUUUGUUUGUUGCGCUGUGGUCUAAACCACUGAGCCUCUUGGGCUUGCCGAUCGGAAGGUAUGGGGUUUGAAUCCGCAUGAUGGGGUGAGCUCCCAUUGCUCUGUCCCAGCUUCUGCCAGCCUAGCAGUUCAAAAGCACACCAGUGCAAGUAGAUAAAUAUUUACUGCUGUGGCGGGAAGGUAAACGGCGUUUCCCUGUUCUCUGGCACUUGUCACAGUGUUUUGUUGUGCCAGAAACAGUUUAGUCAUGUUGGCCACAUGACCAGGAAAGCUGUAUGUGGACAAACGCCAGCUCCCUUGGCCUGAAGGAGAGAUGAGCUCCACAACCCCAUAGUCGCCUUUGACUGGACUUAACCAUCCAGGGAUCCUUUACCUUACCUUUUUACCUUAUUGUUGAAAGUUGUGAUUGUGGCAACUUUUUAGGGAGGCCAUAAUGCUUUCUCUAUGGGAAGUGCUAAUGUAAUUUUUUAUAUUCUGAUUUGAUUCCCUGUUGGUAUUUUUCUAUCUGAAGAACUAGAGGACCCUAAAUCAACAAAAUUAUAUCUUCUGAAUAAGAUACUAACUGAAAAAGAUAGCAUUGCACAAAGGAAUAGCCGUUCAUUUUUUAGGAUUACGGCAACAAAAUUCAGCUUUAAAUUUUGUUUAGCAAUUAUAAUGAUUUAUAAGAAAAAAAGAGGGAGUGGGGGUGUUUUUUGUUGAAGUCUUAACAACACAGUGCUAAAAAUCAAGGGGGGAAACAGGGUGUUUUAAGAGCUGAAAUCACUGUUGCCAGCAAGCCUCAAAUUCCUAAGAUAGUAAACAACUGAGGCAGAGUAACAAUAAUUAAUACCUUCUGACUCCUAGGUGGAAGAACAAACUUGAUUUUUGUUUGUGGUAGAAAUUGGGAAACAUCUUUUCUGCAUGUGGCUAAUUAUGUCAUCCUGCCUCUGCAAACUCCAUAUUCUCCAUUCCCUCCUAGAUUCACCCUUGUAGGUUAACAUAGCAAUUUUGCCUCCUGUGCUUUCAUUUCAACAGAAAUGAAACCAUUUAAAACAGUUAAAUAUUUGCCAUCCUCAGUUGUGCUGCCUUGGACUAGACUAGAGCAAAAAAUCUGGAGGGCUCAGAAUUACAGAGGCUGACAGUGAGGAGCAAAGAAUUAGGGAGUGUUAAGAUGUGGAUGAGGUGGGGGCUUUACAGGCUGCCAUUUUCUUUGUUUGGUCCCAGCUGCUGCACUUGGUAUAUGAUAUAAGAAUGUGUUUUGCUUUGGGGUGAAUGGGUUACACUUGUUAUCUGUGUCUUGCCUGAUUCCAGCUAUUAUAGUUAUCUUUCUUAUCAGGUCACCGAAAAAUGGGGCUGGGCUAAACUUGGUCUUUUCUCAUUCCUUCAUUUGACAAAUCAAGUAAAAGUGCAAAACCUCAUUUAAACUUCUUACUGACCGAGGUGCCUGUGUGAAUGGACACUGCUUUUAUUAAAUUAUACCUUUUAAGCAAUCAACAUAUCUCCAAUAGGGGCUAUUUCAUUAUGGCUUUUCCCUGUAUAUUCCAGUCAUUGAUUGAUAUUGAAAUUUUAAAUUGUGUGUUCCUUGUCCUGAGACCUGAGAAUUGAGCUGAAUGUAAAUAUAAUAGGAACUGUGUUACCACAUCUUUAGAGCACUUGUAUCGUUUGACAUUUAUUAGAAUUCUGCUUGUAAAUGAUGUAUUCUUUGUUACAGAGGAAAUACCAUUGUUUGUGUAUAG